AUGGCGCAGCCUAUCCAGCCAGUUGACCCGGAUUUCCCUUACUCUCUAACCAUCUCCGUGCCUCUUCCCUCACAUCGCCUGGCCUCCUCUGCCCUUCGAACGCUACAGGUAGACCGCGAGCUAUCGCCGCUGGUCAAGCGCACAUUCCGUCUCACAAGCCCGGAUUCAUCCAGCUCCCUCGCCUCGCAAACUGAAAUGCAAGUAAGCCCAACGCUGCGGGAAGGUAGACGCGAACAGACUGCAAGCGAUGCUGUUACAGAGACGAAUGAUGAAAACUUAACGGUUCUGGAGACCGAAUAUAGAGCAACUACCAACAGAAUGCUACGGGUGGCAGUUAAUGCGUUUAUGGACUCGCUAGGCGUGGUAGUCGGGGUGAUGGAGGAGUUAGAUGUCGACGUCAUAAGCGCUGAGCUAGGGAAACCAUAG